AAAGGGAACACAAGCGGAAGCCCGCCGUCCGUAGGUACAGGUAUUCUGUAUUCAGAUUUCCCCGUCUGCAAAAAUCGCUGCAGCACAUCAAUGGCUUGAUUCCGUGUGGUAGCAGAGUGCCUUCUGGAAAGUGAGAGGUGCUGAGUUGCAGGACAGACUGUCAGACAUUUUAUUUGAGACUUGUAAUAUGCGGGCUUAUUGUUCUCCAAAGGAGAUUUCUGGUUUCCUGCCGAUCUUAGUUGGACCUAGCAUAGCAGAUUCCCAAAGGAAUUAAGGAAAGAUGAUUUGGCAGCCUCAUCACCAUGGCCACUUUGUCAAUGCAACAGGACUACACUCAAGGGACAAAGCCAGAUUACAGUGAAGGCAGAAGUUAUCCAAUUAUUUCAUCAUGCCACUUCUGCAUUUGAAUUCAAAAAAGUUGGUAGCCAAAGAUAAGAAUUCAAGACCAGGAUGGUGGAACUGGAAGGAUGGGACUAAACAAAAAGAACCAAAACUUGGCAAUCUAGUCUAUCAUUUUUAAUGCUACAACAUUCUGUUGAUUAUAAGCCAUUCUGCAGAAGCCAAUGGGAUCAUGGCACAACUCCAGGUCCAGGACCAGGGCAGGGUGAGAUAUAAUCUUCGAGCAUAUCUGACCAUGUUGGGUGCAGAAUCUUGACACAUGAAGACACAGAAGAAAAUGAUAAAAACAUUUCCAGGAAGAUAUAUGAAAAAGAUGAAAAUAGAGGCCCACCAACUGCCAAAAUAAUAGUAAUACUUUGUUUUUGUGCCCUUGCGGUGUAGGAGAGCCAAAACUGCAUGAGAAUCUGUCAAUAGAAGAACCCGUGAGUAAGGGGCAUAUGGGCCCAUUCUUCCCAAAUCCAAUCUAUGCUUCUCUUCCCAGUGGCAUGCACAUUGCGCAGCAAGGAUAAGCAAAAAUAAAAUAAAAUAAAAUAAUCCCAGAAUUUUAAAUAUAAAGUGAGAUGAUGGGAAGAUUAUACGUGCAAAAGGCAAAAAAUUUGUGUCUGAUGUUGGUCAUCAUCAUGAAACAAUUUUCUGUGUCUUUGAAUGUUGCAAUACGUAAGGUGUUUUUAUAGGGAGAUCCCAAAGUAACUAUUUGCCCUCGAGAAGAGGCUCUGAGGAUACUGUAAAAACUCUGUAUUUCCUCUGUUUCUCUCUCUGUAUCUUUAUAUAUACACAAAAUGGAUAGAGAAGAUAGGGUUAUUGGGUAGUCAAGAGAUUAGGGGAAGAGGGUAACAACCAUACUUUUGGUUAUGUAUUGAUUGCAUGGGGGAGGUUUGGACCUUCGGAUAUGGGAUUUUAAGAGAGAUUUGUAGGAAGUGAAAUAUAAUAUCUGAAUUUUGUUGCAGAGUUGCUCAGAGCAAAGCAAUUCAUGGCCCUUAGAUAGUGACUUUGAAGAAUAACCCAUCACAAUCCCUUCACGAGAUUUUGCUUUUGCCACCCAAUGAAUGAUGCCUUUCUGUAACUUAUACAUGCCACUGCCACCUGUUGUUCAACAAAGCUGUGUUUAGUUGUGUCUAAAGCUUUGGAUUAUCCAUUUCUUGCCUCCCCUUCUUGUUGUUUCUUCAAAGGUGCAAACUUGGUACUUUAAAUACCAAACAAAAACACAGAGAUCUGAGGGAGAGUUUGUGGGUUCUUUUUUUAGGUUUUCUUUGUUUUUCUUUGUUGGAGUUUUCUUGUUAACAGCCAUGUUUCCUGCUACCAUGUCUAAUUCCAAUUCUUUGUCUGAGGAAGCCAGUGUUUCUUCUGGUACUAGAGCUCAAGACUUUGGGGGCUUAAAUCCUGCUGUUUCCACCAUUUCCCUUCAACAACCCCAGAAAAUCAAGAAGAAAAGAAACCUCCCUGGAAACCCCGACCCAGAUGCUGAAGUGAUUGCUUUAUCUCCAAAGACUCUAUUGGCUACAAACAGAUUUGUGUGUGAGAUCUGUAACAAGGGUUUUCAGAGAGACCAGAAUCUUCAGCUUCACAGAAGAGGCCAUAACCUUCCUUGGAAGCUGAAGCAAAGAAACAGCAAAGAGGUGAAGAAGAAAGCCUAUGUUUGCCCUGAACCCACAUGUGUUCACCACCAUCCUUCAAGGGCUUUGGGUGAUUUAACAGGAAUCAAGAAACAUUACUGCAGAAAACAUGGAGAAAAGAAGUGGAAGUGUGAGAAGUGCUCAAAGAUCUAUGCUGUUCAAUCUGAUUGGAAAGCUCACUCUAAGACCUGUGGAACAAGAGAAUAUAGAUGUGAUUGUGGAACCAUCUUCUCCAGGAAGGACAGCUUCGUAACCCACAGGGCAUUCUGUGAUGCACUGGCUGAGGAAAGUGCUAGACUCUCCGCCAACCAACUAGCAACUGCCACCACAAACGCGGUGGUGCAUCCUCUCCACCAUCUACCACCGCAAACCAGCUCCACCACCUUCUCUUCUUUCUUCCCCUUCGCAAACCCAAACCCAAUCUCUCUCUCCUCCUGGGACCAAACCCAAAACCCUAACCCUAACAUCCCUCAGAACCCUCUUUAUCACGUCAAGCCUGAGGCUGUCCAUUUCUCAUCAUUCUUCCAAGAAGCACUACCGCCCCCGCCACCACAACAAAAGGUGAUAACCCCACCCUUCCAAAACCUGCCUGCCACGUCCACUCCCUACCUGUCAGCCACCGCACUCCUCCAGAAGGCUGCCACCGUGGGUGCAACUGCGACUCAUCAGCUCAACAUCGCCACAGCCCCGCAGGUGGUUGAAUCUGGGAAUUCUCACCUUGUUCCGCCAGAGUUCAUGGGUUUCGCUGGAGGGAACCUCCCCAUGUGGCAGAAGAGCGACCGUCUGACGAGGGACUUUCUGGGUUUGACUGGAACUGAAGGUGUUAACGGGAAUGGAAGCAUGAACAUGAGGAACAUGCUAACGUACGCCGGUGGAGUCCAGCAGUCGCUGUUAAAACCCCAGGGUUUUGGAUUUCCUGAACCUGCCUCGGAAGCAUGGGGUGAUUGUUGAAGAAAAAAUAAAUACAAAAAAAAAAAAGGAGAAAAAUAAUAAGUGAAAAUGCCCUUUUUUCUAGUGAUAAAACUGCCCUCAAUCUCUGUUUUCGAAAGAAAUUUUUGGAGAUAAAAUAGUGAAAGAAAUAAGGGCAUUUAUUUCUAUGCAUCAUACAGGAUUUCAUAGAUUUGUGAUAUUUUUAUUGCAAUAUUUUGUAUAAAUUUUGACACUUUGU